AUGCCCACCAGCGCAUCGCCAGCAGGCAGCGCGGCAACUUCUGCGGGCAUGCUGGCGCCAUUCGUGAACGAUCUGGACAAGAUCGCCCCUUCUUUCAAGAUCAAUGGCUCUCAGAUCCAGAUCAUCAAGUCCCCUGCCGACUUCUACGAGACCUUGAAGGCCAGGAUACGCAGUGCGAAGAAGCGCAUAUUCUUGUCAACACUCUACAUUGGCAAAUCCGAAAAGGAGCUGAUUGCGACCCUCCAAGAUGCGCUGCGCGCAAACCCCGAGCUCAAGUUGAGCAUCCUCACCGACGCCCUUCGCGGAACCCGCGAAGCACCAGACCCCUCCUGCGCAUCAUUACUCGCUCCUCUUGUCACCGAGUUCGGGCCUGAUCGCGUCGAGAUCCGAAUGUACCACACCCCAAACCUUACAGGCGUACGAAAGAAGCAUAUACCCAAGCGCAUCAACGAAGGAUGGGGCUUGCAACACAUGAAGCUGUAUGGGAUCGACGACGAGAUCAUUCUUUCGGGUGCGAAUCUCUCGAGCGACUACUUCACCAAUCGCCAGGAUCGCUACCAUCUGUUUACGUCAAGCGAAAUCACGAACUACUUCUGGCGGUUAUACCAAGGGGUGACUUCUCUCAGCUUCCUCGUGCAUCCGGCUGAGGAUGAUGCUUCGGGCUUUAGACUCGAAUGGCCAUCUGCAAACGCAGCCCCAUCUCCCUUGGAGCAUCCCACAGACUACAUUACGCGGUCGACCGGAAUAAUAAACAAUUUAAUCUCGGCCAAGACGUCUUUAAAUAGCGCCUCGGCACACGGCCACACGUCCAGCCCCCGAGAUACAACAGUGUAUAUGCUUGGACAGCUUUCGCAGUUGAUGAAACCUGAUUCAUCGACAGAGCUUCCGGCUAUCACACAUGUCUUGAAGACUCUAGCUGCGCCUGAAUACGCAGGCUCUUCAUGGACCUUCACCGCAGGAUACUUCAACCCAGCUCCCUCACUUAAGAAUCUACUGAUGUCCACAGCUUCGCAAAACAAUACGGUGAUAACAGCAUCCCCACAUGCUAAUGGUUUCUACGGCUCGAAAGGCGUCUCCGGUCUUCUACCCGGUGCCUACACUUACCUGGCUCGACGCUUCCUCCGAGAAAUCAACCAGCGCAAGCAUGAAUCGGCCAUUGUUCUGAAGGAAUGGCGGAAAGGAACCGUUGGUGAACCAGAUGGUUGGACGUAUCAUGCGAAAGGGUUGUGGGUAACCCUGCCUAAAGAGGAGCACCCCUCGAUGAGUAUCGUUGGAAGCUCGAACUACACAAAACGCAGCUACAGUCAUGACCUCGAGGCGGGCGCAUUGAUUGUCACCGAGGACGCGGAUUUGAAGAAGAGGUUAGGAGAUGAGCAAAGGUGGCUGCAAGACUAUGCCAAACCUGUGACACUGGACGACUUCGCCACAAAUGAGAGGAGAGUAGGGUUGAAGGUCCGCAUUGCCAUGUGGAUUGUGACUCUUGUUGGGGGUGCACUCUAA